AUGCACCCAGGAAACUCACCGCUGUCGCCUGUAUUGACUGUCGCAAGCGGAAGCUGCAACGGUGAGCGGCCUUCAUGUUCUGCUUGCCAGACCAGAGGUCUGUCAUGCACGUAUGAUGUCGUCGAGGGUGCAACACGAACCGAGGAUUUGAAACAAAAGGUCUCGUCUCUUUCGCUGAGAGUAAGGAAUCUCGAGUUAUUUGUCAACAAGUUGAGGUAUAGCACCGACAAUGAAGCGACGGCAAUCCUCGCCCAGCUUAGACUUGGAGACACAAUCGACAGCAUCCUUGGCGUCGACAUGGCCGACGGCAUUUCGGACAUGGGUGACGGAGAGCAAUCGAAAGAGCAGUAUGUUUUGUGUGCGCGCGAUGAUGUUGUGCUUCUUGCAAGUCUCUGGCUGACCAUCGGACAGANNGCGUUGCCGACACUCAGAAGCGUGUCGACAUUUGGCAUUGGACUUGCUCACAACCCAGCAGGUCCAUCUCUGCUCACCAGCAUUCCUUUAUACGACUCGGCGCUUUCGGAGCGGAGUGCCAGUGUUGCAACCGGCAGUCCUGGCUUGGUGGACGGAGCCAAACGAGAAACGAGUCUACCACGAACUGAAUAUUCGCCUUCUCCCUGGGCACCUUCGUUGUUCGUCGAGAUUGACUCGCAACACUUGUUGUUCGAGGGCGACCCGUACCUGGACAUGCAAAGUCCAGAGCGAACUUCGUCCUUGAUGCUCGAUGGCAAUGCUUCAGACUCAACUUACCUUGCAGGCGACCACAAGAAAUUAUGGAUCGAUCCCUCCCUCUCUUCCACAGCAGACCCGAGUUCAGGCCCAGGCUCGGUCGCGUUGGACAGGCACACAAAGAUGCUCGACGGCCACAGAAUAAAGCGGGAACUGUUGAACAACGAAGCCCGUCCUGGAGGUGAUAGCAUCACCAUCUCGUCGAACCUGUUCAGCCCUGUUGGAACUGCCCCAAUGUCGCUGCCCCUCACUCCCGAGUCGCUCGGUGUGGACUUGACAGCUCCCGUAUGGGCAGUCACCUCCAUGUAUGUCGAUGACCGUGUCGACAUGAUGUCCAGUGUUUACGUCGACUUUAUCGAUGAAGCCAAAAGACACAUCAUCUCCGGCGUCGCUCCAGAUCGUUUGUUCGGACUUUUCCCAGACGUGGAAGCCCUUGUGAGCGAGUCUGCUUUCCAAAGGGCUUCUAUCCUCUCGCAGUGGACCGCAAGACUUGCUAAUAGCUUUGAUAUACCGUCCCUGCCAUGUCGCAUGGCCGUCAUGUGGCUUCAGUGGCUCCUCAUGCGAUGGACCGUCCACCCGAUUCCGGCAACAUAUCUCGCCAUUCCAGACUGGUAUAGACCGACACCAUACCAGAUGUUCGUUCCGCAUCCUGUUUACAUCGACUUCCAUUUCUGGCCAAGACUUCGAGAUGCAAUCGUCCAGCGUGUCGAUCUACAACGUCAGCCACUGUACUGGUACUCGGAGGCGGCUACCACUAUCGACUGCAAUUGGCCUGGUGGUGAUCAAGAAGCUGUGACCUACGACAUCAACGCUAGGUUGACACUCUCAACACCGUUCAUCCAGCACCUGAUGGACCUCGACAAUUGGACGGUUGGGCCUUGUAUUCGAAAGCAUAUACCAGAUGCAUGCACCGUCGUCCAGAUCAAAUACGGUCCCGUAUAG